UGUGUGUGCUGACAUGACCCAAUACCGGCGUGCAUCAUUCUGCAGUGAAACCGGUAACGUUGGAAUUGGAAUCUGUGAAAGGUCAGACAUCAAAAAUGCUUUAGACUAUCAGUCAGUGGGGCAUCUAUGGUGCUUUAGACUAUCAGACAGUGGGUCAUCUAUAGUGCUUUAGACUAUCAGUCAGUGGGGCAUCUAUGGUGCUUUAGACUAUCAGACAGUGGGGCAUCUAUGGUGCUCUAGACUAUCAGACAGUGGGUCAUCUAUAGUGCUUUAGACUAUCAGUCAGUGGGGCAUCUAUGGUGCUUUAGAAUAUCAGACAGUGGGGCAUCUAUGGUGCUUUAGACUAUCAGACAGUGGGGCAUCUAUAGUGCUCUAGACUAUCAGACAGUGGGGCAUCUAUAGUGCUUUAGACUAUCAGUCAGUGGGUCAUCUAUAGUGCUCUAGACUAUCAGACAGUGGGGCAUCUAUGGUGCUUUAGACUAUCAGUCAGUGGGUCAUCUAUAGUGCUCUAGACUAUCAGUCAGUGGGUCAUCUAUGGUGCUUUAGACUAUCAGACAGUGGGUCAUCUAUGGUGCUUUAGACUAUCAGACAGUGGGUCAUCUAUGGUGCUUUAGACUAUCAGACAGUGGGUCAUCUAUGGUGCUUUAGACUAUCAGACAGUGGGUCAUCUAUGGUGCUUUAAACUAUCAGACAGUGGGUCAUCUAUGGUGCUUUAGACUAUCAGACAGUGGGUCAUCUAUGGUGCUUUAGACUUUCAAACACUGACUAGUACUUUAUGUAAUCGGUGAGACAUGUUUAGUGCUUUAGACUCAAUGUGAGUCGCCUAUAGUCAAGUAGACUAACUUUAAGUCAUCUAUAGUAAUUUAGACUCACUCAUGAUAUGUAAUAGAGUCAUAUUAUUAUACUGAUUAAAUAUAUUUUAGUCCAUAUUUUAAGUCAAAGCAAGUUAAAAAUAAAAAUAUUGAAUUAAUGUGGCACCGGUAUCUUGCAAAGUGGGAGACAUGACAAUCACUGGUACAGUGAGAGACAUGACAAUCACUGGUACAGUGAGAGACAUGACAAUCACUGGUACAGUGGGAGACAUGACAAUCACUGGUACAGUGGGAGACAUGGCAAUCAGUGGUACAGUGAGAGACAUGGCAAUCACUGGUACAAUGUGAGACAUGACAAUCACUGUUACGGUGGGAAACGUGACAAUCAUAGGUACGGUAGGAGACGUGACAAUCACUGGUACUGUUGGAAACGUGACAAUCGCUGUACUUAACUGGCAAGUUUGUGAAAUACUUAACUCUAACAUUCGGGGAGUCAUCCAUAUUGCCCUAGAAUUAUGUCCCUAAUAAAUAUCCGAGGCCUCCAGCACUUUGGGCCCCAUAAAUAUCCGAGGCCUCAAGCACUUUGGGCCCCAUAAAUAUCCGGGGCUUCAAGCACUUUGGGCCCCAUAAAUAUCCGAGGCCUCAAGCACUUUGGGCCCCAUAAAUAUCCGGGGCUUCAAGCACUUUGGGCCCCAUAAAUAUCCAAGGCCUCAAGCACUUUGGGCCCCAUAAAUAUCCGGGGCCUCAAGCAGCUGAAGGGUUUGCAGGGCCCAUGCUACGUCUAUGUCCCAAUUAAGUUAUUUUUUUCUAAUCUCUCCCACUUAAAUUUAUUUGAAGUCAUUUCUCGGCUACAUCAUUAAGUAGAGUCGUCUUCGUCGUAAUAAGGUCAUCCUGGAUAUUUACCUGAGGCCCCCUGGGGCCGCACGGGUUGCAGAGUCCACGCGACGGUCCUGGGACGUGCUUAGAAAACUAUAACAUUAUAAGUAAUAUUUUCAAUUUAAAUUUCGAUUCUUUAAUACUGUCUGUUGGUUGGGGUAAACUAAGCAGUUGUCACCAGUAAGUCAUAUCGCUUGGCUAUAGUAGUUGCACAUUGCACACUUCAGCCAAUAGCGAACGCUCUCCUGACACCUUGCUUCACUGAUGAUGUUUCCACGUUGCCCCUGACACGUUGCUCCACUGAUGAUGUUUCCACGUUGCCCCUGACACGUUGCUCCACUGAUGAUGUUUCCACGUUGCCCCUGACACGUUGCUCCACUGAUGAUGUUUCUAAUAAGGUGCUCCUGACACCAUACUCCACCGAUGAUGUUUCCAAAUUCCUCCUGAAAACUUGCUCCACUGAUGAUGUUUCCAACUUGCUCAAGACACCUUGGUCCAACGAUGAUGUUUCAAGUUGCACCUGACACCUUGCUCCACUGAUGAUGCUUCCAAGUUGUUCCUGGCGUCUUGUUCCACUUAUGAUGUUUCCAAGUUGAUCCUGACACCUUGCUCCACUGAUGAUGUUUCCAAGUUGCGCCAGACGCAUUGUUCUGCUGAUGAUGUUUCCAAGCUGCUCCUGACACCCUGCUCCACUGAUGAUGUUUCGAAGUUGAUCCUGACACCUUGCUCCAUUGAUGAUGCUUCCAAGUUGCUCCUGACACCUUGCUCCAUUAAUGAUGUUUCGAAGUUGCUUCUGACACCUUGUCCACUGAUGAUUUUUCCAAGUUUCUCCUGACACCUUGCUCCAUUGAUGAUGUUUCUAAGUUGCUCUUGACACUUUGCUCCACUGAUGAUAUUUCCAAGUUGCUCCUUACACCUUGCUCCACUGAUGAUGUUUCUAAGUUCUUCUUGACACCUUGCUCUAUUGAUGAUGUUUCGAAGUUGCUCCUGACACUUUGCUCCACUGAUAAUGUUUCCAAGUUGCUCCUGACACCGUGCUCCACUGAUGAUAGUUUAAAGAUGCUCCUAAAACAUUGCUCCACUCAUGAUGUUUCCAAGCUGCUCCUGACACCGUGUUCUACUGAUGAUGUUUCCAAGUUGCUCCUGACACCUUGCUCCACUGAUGAUUUUAGAAGUUGCUCCUGACACCUUGCUCCACGUAUGACGUUUCAAGUUGCUCGUGACACCUUUGCUCCACUGAUGAUGUUCCCAAGUUGCUCCUGACACCUUGCUUCAGUGAUGAUGUUUACAACUUGCUCAAGACACCUUGCUCCAGUGAUGACAUUUUCUUGACUCAUAGUUAUGUUCUCACUAUUUUAAGACCAGCAUUGAGCCAUGUUAGUGAAACAUGGACCCUCACCAAGUAAGCCGUAAGUCUGCGAAUACGUUGAAUAUGAUUUCCUCAUACAAAUGUAAGGGAUGAUGAUGGACUGAGCCUUUGGAGACCUCAAGAGAUCUCCCAGUUUUACGUAGACCCAUGCAGAGUCGCGGCAGUUAGAAAAUGCAGGCAGCACUGAACAGGAUGUCUUGCGAGUGUGCCAACUUAAUGAGGGGCAUAGAUAUCUAAAUAUCGAGGGAUUUCUAAGUUGGAUAUUCGCCUAACGAUAGUUUACUUAACCUUACAUAUUAUAGACGACGAAUUUUACAACAAUGAUUUUAUUUUCAAAAUAUUUUUUUACAGAAAACAUGGCUGUCUUUUACUUCUGCUCACUUUUAUUCGCUACGUUCCAUUGUUUGUGUCCUGGAGUUUAUCCACUCGCCAGCUCCCCAGUGACAUUAAACACGAGUCUUGGGCCUGUGACAGGACUUACGAAACGCGUAGCCGGCGUCUACGUUGAUAUUUUCUACGGCAUCCCAUUCGCGACUCCUCCUGUUGGAGAGCUCCGCUUCAAACCCCCGGUGCCAGCCCAACCGUGGCGAGACCCACGUGACGUCACACAGAGGCCGAACUCUUGCUGGCAGGUCAUUGACACGGCUUUCAAUCGCUUCCCUGGGGUUGAGAUGUGGAACCCGAACACGCCAAUGAGUGAGGACUGCCUGUACCUCAACGUGUGGAGGCCGGCCGGUAUCAUGUCCAGCGCCAAGCCAAUCAUGGUGUGGAUCUUCGGGGGUAGUUUUCUCACGGGGUCCUCAACACUGGACGUCUACGACCCCUCACAGUUGGCUGCGAGAAAUGAUGUCAUCGUCGUGACCAUCGCCUACAGACUCGGAGCUUUGGGAUUUCUCUACGCGGGCACUAGUGACGCCCCGGGUAACGCCGGGUUGCUGGAUCAGGCGAUGGCGCUUAAAUGGGUCAAGGACAAUGCGGUAACCCUUGGGGGCUCUCCCGAUGCCAUCACACUGUUUGGCGAGAGUGCCGGGGCCAUAAGUAUUGGGCUCCACAUGGUGUCCCCAGUUUCGAAACACCUUUUCACAUACGCCAUCAUGGAGAGUGGAUCACUCUUUCUAACAGGCGUUUUCCGAGAUCAGGCUACGGCGAGAUCCGGAACGAGGUAUCUGGCCAAAACACUCUCUUGUCCUGGAACAGAAUUCAGGGACAUCGUUGCAUGUCUGAGAGUGAAAGACCCGGAAGCGAUUGUAAACCAACAGCUUGGCUUCUUUGGUCCUGUCGUGGACGGAACAUUUCUUCAAGAUGACCCAUCCGAGCUGGUCAACAGAGGGGAGAUAAAGCCCACCAGCAUCUUAACAGGAGUCAACGCCAACGAAGGGAGCUUCUUUGCUGCGUACGAGUUCAAAAAUAAGUUCACACUAGACGGAAUGGGACAUCUGACUGAGAGAGACUAUGACGCUUUUCUACGUUCGAGGCAUCCCGACGAUGCGUCUGCAGUCUCUGAGCUCAAUAGAACAUAUGGGAAAGACCCGACCAUUUCGUACGCCGGUCGUGUGGAAGCCAUCAUUGGGGACGACAUGUUUAAAUGUCCCGCGGUGAAGUUCGCUCAGCGGUACGCGCCUCUUGGGGAGAAUGUCUACCUUUACAGCUUCGAACACAGACUGAGCACCAUCCCGUGGCCGCAGUGGAUGGGAGUCCCCCACGCAUACGAGAUUGAGGUCGUCUUUGGCAUUCCCUUUAUGCCUAACACGAGCUACACGGAUGAUGAGAGAGAACUGAGUAAGCGAGUGAUGACGAUGUGGACUAACUUCGCCAAAUAUGGGUAAGACGGUUCAUUUAGAAAGUUUCCUCCAUUGACCUACUUGUAAGAAUGUUAAAGAUAUAGUCUUUCCAAAUAGGCCUAGUUUUAAGAAUGUUAAAGAUAUAGUCUUUCCAAAUGAACAUACUUGUGAAAAAUUUCAAACACAUAAACUUCCCAAAAGACAUACCUGUAAGUAAGUUAGGUUACAUGGUCUUGGCAACAGACCUUCUUGUAAGAUUUCUAAAGAAGAUUUUUAUCGAUGAGUGAAAAUAAAUCAAUUGGCAAUUUGAAAAAGGAAAGGCAUCGUCUACUUCCGGGUUAUUAAAACAUUAUUUCAGGUGGUUGUUUCCCUUCUUUUUCCAUGGAGUGGGGUUAUGUUCACAACAAAAUCUUAACUUUUUCAAAGAAGAUAUAUUAGAGUGGGGCAGAUUAAAGCCCUACGGGCCCCAAACACAGGCAACAUAUUGAUUAUGCAAGAAAUAGGAUUAAGUAAGAAAUGCAAUUAAGUAAGAAAUGUGAUUAUGUAAUGAAACUGCACGUGAAUUCUGAAAUCCAGAUACCCACAUUACCCGUUAAUCUGACCCUCCGGCAGAGCUCUCAUAUGUCCAUUGCUAUUCUAUCGCUGCUCACUCACUAGAAUGUACAGUACAAAUACGUGCAUCUAUUUUUUUUCUAGAAAUCCCAAUGGUAUCGGUAGUGACCAGUGGCCGAGAUACACCACCAGAGACCAGAAGUACGUCAUCAUAGACUCCGGUGAGCUCAGAGUGGCUUCCCAUUUGCGACAGCAUGAGUGUGGAGCCUUGGCUAGCAGUGGCCAGAUGCUUACCUGCCUGUAUCUGGUCCUAUUGUGGCCUACAUACCGGGUCUUUAUGGCAUUGAUGCAAGGGUCAAGUUUACGUUAAUAUCUCUGUUAAGCUUGUGUUCAGUGGUAUAGUGUAAAAAAACAAACAACUGCAUUCUCUUUUACAUAUUCUCUUUUACAUAUUUUCUUUUACACCGAUUUCUUCCUGAUCAUGUCAUGAGCUUUCACAUAGCCCUGUAGGAUAAGAUAUCCCUCAAUAAAGAUUAAAAGCCCUAUCUGACAAGUUAUGAUACAAGUAAAGUUAAUUUAAUAUGUCAUUGUUUCAUGUUUCCCUUAAAAACAUUGUCUCAUGUUUCCCUUGACGUCAUUGUCUAAUAUUUCCCUUGACGUCAUUGUCUAAUGUUUCCCUUGACGACAUUGUCUCAUGUUUCCCUUGACGUCAUUGUCUCAUGUUUCCCUUGAAGUCAUUGUCUCAUGUUUCCCUUGACGUCAUUGUGUCUUGUUUCACUUAACUCAUUCCCUCCGGCAGCGCUGCUUCCGGACUUAAUUUAUUUUCCUGAGAAAAGGG